AUGCGAACGUCAAUUACGAGCUCCUUCUAUCUAGCAGUCUUUGCACUGCUAGGCCCGUCACACGCUGCCUCCUCAAAUCCAGCAAUCUGUCCUGUCGAGCCUGGUGCCACAGUAUCCGAUGCUUGCGCGUCAUAUGCCGACCUCGACAACCUCAACACCCGCCUGAACCCCGCCCUGCAUGAUCUCGUGUCUCAGACCGAUUUCUUCUCCUAUUACCGCCUGAACUUGUACAACAAANAGUGUCCUUUCUGGUCAGACGACGAAGGUCUCUGCGGCAACAUUGCCUGCGCCGUCACGACGCUCGAUAAUGAGGAGGACAUUCCGGAGAUCUGGAGAGCCGAAGAGCUCAGUAGACUGGAGGGCCCCAAAGCACACCACCCUGGCAAGAAAGAGCAAAGGGAACUAGAGAGACCUCUACAGGGAGAGCUGGGCGAGGAUGUUGGCGAAAGCUGUGUUGUCGAGUACGACGACGAAUGCGACGAAAGAGACUACUGCGUGCCCGAAGAUGAGAGCGCAAGUGCUAAGGGCGACUAUGUCAGUUUGCUCGACAACCCCGAACGUUUCACCGGAUACUCUGGCGAAGGUGCCCACCAAAUCUGGGAGGCUAUCUAUCGCGAGAACUGUUUUUCCAAGCCGAGAUCAAAUGCACAGAGCCUGGGUGCUGGUGGCUUGGUUCCUCCUUUCGCUGGCUUCUCAGGAAUGCAAGGUCAAGCUGCGCAAGAUCUCAAGUCUGUCAUGAAAGAGCAUGGUCGCCAACAAGCUUCGCAGGAAGGCAAGUUUGAGGACAACAUGGAGUUCGAUGACGAGUGUCUUGAGAAGCGCGUCUUCUACAGAGUCAUUUCUGGAAUGCACGCCUCCAUCUCGACCCAUUUGUGUCAUGACUACCUCAACCAGUCUACCGGCAAAUGGGGUCCCAAUCUGCAGUGCUACAAGCAGCGCCUUCACAACCAUCCAGAGCGCAUUUCUAACCUGUACUUCAACUACGCUCUCAUGGCUAGAGCUGCUGGCAAGCUGAAGGAUUAUGUUCAAGACUACACCUUCUGUACUGGUGACCCGAAACAGGACAAGCGCACGAAGGACAUGGCCCUAAAGGUUGCCAACACUAUCCCGGCUGGCCCUGAGAUCUUCGACGAGAGUGUCAUGUUCCGUGAGAACCCACUCGGCGACACUGGCAUUAGCCUUAAAGAAGACUUCCGCAACCGCUUCCGCAAUGUUAGUCGCAUCAUGGAUUGUGUUGGCUGCGACAAAUGCAGGCUUUGGGGCAAGCUUCAGACUGCUGGUUAUGGUACAGCUCUGAAGAUCUUGUUCGAGUUUAACAACGACCAGCCUGCCCCAGCUCUCAAGAGAAUCGAGCUUGUCGCCUUCUUCAACACCCUGGACAAGGUCAGCAAUGCCAUCAAAGCCCUUGGUAACUUCCAACGCAUGUUGGCAGAAGAGAAGGGCGUUCCCGCUCCUGAAGCUGUUGUCGAGAAGAAGAAGCAGCAAGAUGUCGCUGAGGAAGACGAGCUCGACGACGAUGAUGCUUGGGAGAAGCCAAAGCCACCACCACUUACUGAAUGGCAGAAAGCCAAGGCAGAGAUCUAUCUGGUCUGGUCGGUCACCAAGUUUGUCCUCAAGAGCUGGAUUGAGAUUCCUCAAACAAUCUUCAUUGUCCUCAUCACGGAGCUCUCUAGAUUAUGGCAACGUUGGUUGGGUCUUGAAAUCACACCACGUGGGUGGGAGUUUCGCUUGCCCACACUUGAUGAGCUAUAG